UAUAUCAUAUUUAUUAUUGCAAAGCAAUCAAAUAAGUACUGUAGAGACAAUAGCAUCAUAUCUUUAUUAAAUUUUAAUGUCAUGAUCACACUUGGAUGCCAGACAUCCACUUUACAUGAACCCUCACACUCUCCACAAGUAGGAUAACAUGUCAAAAGUAACCACAAAUCCUUGCUUGCUCCAGCUCUAGCAAUUAGUACAGUCUAGGGUGUAGGUCAGAUGGCAGGGAUUGGUUUGUGGAAAUGAGGGGGUAAUUCUAUUGGCCAUGACACUUAUAGGCUGAAGAUGAUAGUAAAUGGCUAAGUGCUAGACUGGGUGGGAGAGGGUGGGGAAGGCUAAGUAAUCCAAUAGAUGGACUCAAUGAGCAUAUUUAUGGAGCAAAUAAUAUCCUGCUGUAAAAAAUAAGACAUGAAUGAUAAUCACACAGUGUAUUAAACAGUAUAUGAAAGAAAUGCUUCAAAUGCUGUUAAACUCUGCUUUCAUCUACUUUAAUCUUGUUUCCACCAUACUACUGUGUUAAUAUGUAAAAAAGAAGGUCUACCAUACACUCCCACCGCCUGGAUAAGUUAGUCUGAAGCAACAGUUAAGACAAUCUCAAUAAUACAUUCAGUCUAAUGAAAGGAGACAUGGAGAAAAAAGACUGACGACAUAAAUUUGUUGUGAAGUCAGUUUGAUGUGCCGACAUGGAGACCUUAUACAGAAUGGUCUCCAUAAUAUAUGCAUAGCCAAAAGAUCAGGACUGAGUCAGAGGGUUCUGGGUACAAAAGUUUGCACCAGUGAAAGUGAAGGCAAACUAAUCAGAACACAUGUUUGCUUUACUGAGUAACGCAAGAUUCUUUUAGAGCAUUGUGGAGAGAAGAGGGAACACAAGUUAAGCCUGGAAUGCAAAAAGAGAUGUGCUCUACAGACAACAACACAAUUUUGCAGAGUAAGGACAGAGGGGCAACACUUCUACACCUUGGCUCAGUAAGACAAAGUCAGUGAAAUGAGACAUAGCUCAGUCAAGAGAAGGUGAUGAUAUGAGGGGCACAGGCGUGACUGAGGUAGAGGUUUGGCAGGAGAGGGAGUUAAACUGCAUGGACAGAUGGUAAUCUGGAAUUAGAUGUCAGUGGUCAACUAAACCCACUGAAAAGCCCUCACAGAAAUAGCAGACAUAAUGCUGGAGAACCUAAAGCUAACUUUGAAACCUCACUUGAGGCUAGGCUCACAUAGCUUCCCAGAAAAUGCCCACUGAUUUUGUGAUCAGUUUACCAAACAAAUGAUUACAUUUUUAUUCAAAACAUCUCACUUUGACUAAAUUGUGACUAUAACGGUACAGUGCAAUACUCUGAAUCUUUCCUAAAUGAUUCUUGGAUUUAAAAAAAAAUCACACAUACACAAGACAUACUAGUGACUCAGCGUCCAUAUAAAUAAUGUAAUUGCAAAAUGAACUCAAUAUGAACUGUCCAGGGUGCACCCUGCCUCUUGCCCAAUGUCAGCUGGGAUUGGCUCCAGCCCCCCAUGACCCUAUAUAGGAAUAAACAGUAUAGAUAAUGGAUGGAAUCACAGCCAUAUUUAGCUGAAAGAAUACCCUGCAGUAUUAGCUGCUUUUUAAAAAAUAGGCUUUGGAAGAACUGGAAAUGUACCAAUCUGACCCUUGUCAGGAUAAACAGUAUAGAUAAUGGAUGGAUGAGUGUUGUCUAAUAGAGCUUUCUAGACUUUCACACCCAAAGAUGAAAAAUAACAUCCGGGUGUUCAUUUCAGUCAAAAGCUCAUCCACCUUAAAUCCCCUAUUAACACAAUUAACCCAGUCAUCCACAGUAGGAAUGUGUUUCCCCCUGUCCUCCUUAUCUCUCACUGUCUUACUGUCGAGACAGGUAGCCAUUGUCUGGCCACACAGCACACACAGGUAAGCUUUUUAUAUAUUUGUGGUGAUCCUAAUAUUUUUAAAAAUUUCAUACGUGUAUUAUGUCACAUUUCUAAAUCAUGUUUUUGCUGUCACUUGCAGGGUUCUGUUUGGCUUCUAAUAUCAAAAGAAGAAGUCAAGCCAGUGAACAAUAAUAAUACAUUUGGAAAGAGGAGAAAGUCAGGUUGCACUGGGGAAGAACGCCACUGAAGAACUCUGUUGGCAAAUACUUGCCAGCCAGUUUGAUAGAAGUGACACAUUACUAAAACACUGAAAGCAUCUACAAUGGGAAAUACCACCAGUAGUGCAUUAUCCAAGGAGAUCCUGGAGGACCUGAAGUUCAGCACCAAAUUCAGUGAACAUGAGAUCUGCCUGUGGUACGAGAACUUUCAGAAGCAGUGCCCAACAGGACGAAUAACACCAGAACAGUUUGAGCAGAUCUACACCCGCUUCUUCCCUGACAGUGAUGCCACGAGCUACGCACAACAUGUGUUUCGCUCCUUUGACACCAACGAUGAUGGCACUUUGGACUUCAAGGAGUACAUCAUUGCACUGCACAUGACCUCCACUGGAAAGACAACCCAGAAACUGGAGUGGGCUUUCUCGCUGUUUGAUGUAGACAAGAACGGAUACAUCAACAAGUCAGAAGUGACAGAGAUCUGUCAGGCCAUAUUUAAGCUGAUCCCCAAGGAUGAGCAGAGCAGGCUACCAAAGGAUGAGAACACACCCGAAAAGAGAGCCAACAAGCUGUGGGCUUACUUCAACAAGGGAGACAAUGAACGACUGGCUGAAGGAGAGUUCAUCACAGGAGUGAUUGAAAAUGACAAUGCAAUGCGUCUCAUCCACUAUGAACCACUGAAAGACUAAAGUCAUUCCUACUCAUCCCCUCCCUUCUUCUCUUUGAGUUUGUUAACCCUUUUCAUAUAUUUAAUCCCUCUGUGUAAAUACUGCAACUUUCCUUUAUGUCACAUUGUUUCACUAAUGUUUAUCAUUGAACUGAUAGCAACUAGAAGCUAAUAGAGUCAAAUUAUGGAAUACAGUUUGAAGUCAUACUGUGUACAUACUGCCCAGAUUUGUA